AUGAAGUUUUAUUAUAACGGUAGACUUACCACGGCUGUGUUUACCAUUUUCUGGACUGCAACUUCUGCGCAUGCAGCACCAACAAUAACAUUACCACUCUCUGCAUUCACCUCUUCGGUCGAAUCUGACAAGGCCGCAAUCUACUACCCAAAUACGUCGAAUUCCACUCCGAUUGUUCUCGGAAAUGACGGAUCACCGGCUGGUGGCUUUCAUACGUGGAGUUUUCCCUCUGAUUCAAGUCCGUCUCAGAUGACCGAGCUAAAUUUCAAAUAUACUGGAAGAACAAAAUUAGUCGAAUUUGUAUACAAUCUCGGUGGUAAAGAUGUGAUCGUGACUUUGAGUCAGUCUGAUUCAUUACUGCGGUUUUUUGACUCAGUAUCAGUCAGCGAAUUACCAGUCAUGGGAGGGAGGAAAAAGAUCUGGGGAGAUUUUUCUAGCUGGUGUUUCUGGAAAUCGGCAGAGGGGCACCAAUAUUUUUAUCUUUUUGGAAAGAAAAUCGUGUCUUUGUUUUUGAUCAGGGAGGGGCAAAAGUCCGGGAUUGAGGUUUUAGAGAUUCAAUCAUUCCCCGUCCCGAUUGAAGCAAAGACUUGUAUAGUUUCCUACAAGACGUCCUUUGUGUAUUUUGGGGGUGAUAGCGGGAUCCUAUAUACCUUUCCGGCGCUCGAGUCCAUAACGAUCCCAGAAAAUAUAGCUGAGCUAGGGAAAGCCCCUGAUGAAAUUAAUGGCCUGGCGAUAUAUUCUGGCAAUCUUUCCAACGAUUAUCUGCUUGUCGCUCUCAAAGAGUCCCUCAAUAUAUACUCCGCAUCGAAUUUCACUCUCUUAGGAAGUGCUACAUUCUCAGACGAACUUGAGCUAGGCGAUAUUGCAUUAUAUCAACCAGCAUUCGGUACAGCUUAUCCAGAUGGAAUACUCGCAUUCACUGCCGAAACGGACACGGGAAAAGCGUUUCCAAAAUAUGAGACAGAUCCAAAUGGCAGUGAUGGUGAUGAUCCGGCAAUCUGGAUUGCCCCUGGGAACAGCACGGAAAAUUCCAGAAUCAUCACAACGACCAAGAGUGAACUUGGCGCUGGGUUUGGUGUUUUUGAUUUGACGGGAAAGAAAUUGCAGACUAUGGCUGCAGAAGAGCCAAAUAACGUCGAUGUCAUUUAUGACUUCCCUGUAGGAAACAGGACGGCCGACCUGGUUUUCGCUGCCUGUCGAGGUGACAACACCCUCUGUCUCUGCGAAAUCACAUCUUCCGGUGAAUUAAUAUCCAUCCCUGGAGGUACCCAACCCACUACGGUCGAGGACUUUGAUGUCUACGGUUCGUGCGUCUACCGUUCAUAUAUCUCUGGAAAACAGUAUCUCUUCGUUAAUUCAAAGACCUCCGAAUACCUUCAAUUUGAAUUAACCUCCACGGUUGAUGGUACUCUCAAUACUACACUGGUUCGAACUUUCAUGGGUGGAAAUGGCGGACAAGUUGAAGGAUGCGUUGCCGAUGAUGAGAAUGGUUUUUUGAUACUCGGCGAAGAGCCCUAUGGCCUUUGGCGGUACGACGCAGAACCAAACGGUACAGAUGAAGGAUAUCUCAUCGACCAUGUCAAUACUGGAGGGAACUUGAUUGCUGAUGUUGAAGGUGUGACUCUGAUAUACGGGGAAACAUCAACUGAUGGCUACAUUUUCGUUUCCUGCCAGGGGGUUAGUGCAUAUAACGUAUAUCAACGUGCACACCCGAACGAGUAUGUGAUGACUUUCUCAAUUAUCGCCGGUUCAGUGGAUGGGGUCACCAACACAGAUGGAAUAACAGCAGUUGGCACAUCACUGGGAAGCAUCUUCCCAAGGGGGUUGAUUGUGGUUCAUGAUGAUGUGAAUGAGGAAUCCAACGGAACGGCCAGCAGCGAAGCAGCGUUUAAGCUAGUGGAUCUAGGGGAUGUGUUGGAUGCUGGUGUGACAAAACACAUGGGGCUUUUAGGAUCUGUAAAUCAAGGAUGGAACCCAAGGGACAGAUUAUCAAAACAUAACACUUAA